GUUCUUCACAUGAUCCAAAUGGACCGCCCAAACAUCGCUGGUAACAACUGAGGACAGUUGCUUUGUUUAAUCGUUUCAUUCUGUUUAAAUACCUAAAUGUCAGUAAGAGGAAAAUAGCUUAAUUAAUCUCCAGACCUGAUGGACAGUGGUUAUGCUUAUCUUUGGUAGCGGAAACGGAAGUGAUGGAAACGGUUUAACGAAAUCCGCAUCAGAAGAGAUCAAAGUCUGUGUGUCUAUGAAGAGUUGAUCAAUGGAUCCACCAAUAGAAAUGAAGAGAUGGCCUGACCAAAAGUCGGUCAUAACCGAACCCGUCUGUAAAAAGAUGAAGAUUGAGCAGUCUGUGAAUCAACCACAAUAUUUGUGUCCUGAAUUCAGCCGUGAAUCUAAACUUAAUGAAGUCCUGAACACAUUUAAAUCAAAUCUGAGAGAGAAGUUUCGGUGUUUGUAUCCAGGAACAUCAAAGCAGAGAAACCCAACACUACUGAAUGAGAUCUACACAGAGCUCAACAUCACAGAGAGUAAAAGUGGAGAGGCAGAGGAGACACCAAUCAAAUGUAAUGACAUCUUUAAACCUUUACCUGAACAACACAAACACAUCAGAAGUGUGCUGACAAAGGGAGUCGCUGGCAUUGGAAAAACAGUCUCUGUACAGAAGUUCAUUCUGGACUGGGCUGAAAAGAAAGAGAAUCAGAACGUCCACCUCAUAUUUCCACUUCCUUUCAGAGAGAUCAAUUUGAUGAAGGACAAAACACUCAGUCUUUUAGAUCUUCUUCAUCUUUUCUUCCCAGAGACAAAAGAAAUGGAAAUCUUCAGUGAUAAAUAUAAAAUGUUGUUCAUCUUUGAUGGUUUGGAUGAGUGUCGUCUGUCUCUGGAUUUUCACAGCAGUGUGAGGUUGUGUGAUGUAAAUGAAUCAACCUCAGUGGACGUGAUGCUGACAAACCUCAUCAAAGGGAAUCUGUUUCCCUCUUCUUUCAUCUGGAUCACCUCCAGACCAGCAGCAGCUGAUCUCAUCCCAUCUGAGUGUGUUGAUCGAGUCACAGAGGUACAAGGCUUCAGUGAUCCACAGAAGGAGGAAUACUUCAGGAAGAGAAUCAAUGAUGAGAGUCUGUCUGAUCAAAUCAUCUCAUACCUGAAGUCAUCCAGGAGUCUCUACUUCAUGUGUCACAUCCCAGUCUUCUGCUGGAUUUCAGGCACUGUUCUAGAGAGAAUAUUGAGUGAAGCAAAGAGUCAAGAGAUCCCCAAGACUCUAACACAAAUGUACACACACUUCUUGAUCCUUCAGACAAACAUAAAAAAUCAGAAGGACUAUCAGAAGAAUAAAGACAUGAUCUUCAAACUGUGUAAACUGGCUUUUGAGCAUCUUGUGAAAGGCAAUCUGAUCUUCUAUGAUGAAGACCUGAGAGAGUGUGGCAUUGAUGUAUCAGAAGCAUCAGUGUACUCAGGAUUGUUUACUCAGAUCUUCAGAGAGGAGUUUGGUUUGUGUCAGAGGAAAGUUUACAGCUUUGUUCAUCUGAGCAUUCAGGAACAUCUAGCAGCUCUACAUGUGCACCUCUCUUUUAUGAACAAAAACCUAAAUGUGUUUGAUCAAAUUAAACCGAUUCAAAUACAUACAUUUUCAAUACAUGAUCUGUAUAAGAGAGCUAUAGAUGAGGCUCUACAGAGUAAAAAUGGACAUCUGGAUCUUUUCCUUCGUUUUCUUAUGGGUUUGUCACUGAAGUCAAAUCAGAAUCUCAUACAUGAUCUGAAGAUACAGAUAGGUUACAGCCCUCAUAGCAAUAAGAAAACAAUCCUAUGCAUCAAGAAUGUAAUCAAUACCAUUCCAUCUCCAGAGAAUUCCAUCAAUCUGUUUCACUGUCUAAAUGAACUGGGUAAUUUUUCACUAAUGACAGAAUUCCGAAAUUAUAUGAUUAAUGCAUUAAGUAAAGUCACACUCUCUUCAUCUCAGUGGUCAGCUUUAGUUUUGGCAAUUCAAGAAUCCGGAUCAUUUCAGUUGACGAGUUGUAAUCUUACAGCUGAAGCUUGUGUUGCUCUGACUUCAGCUCUGAGAUUAAACCCAUCACACAUGACACAUCUGAAUCUGUCUAAUAAUAAUCUUGGAGAUUCAGUAGUGAAGCUGCUCUCUGAUAUACUGAAGAAUCCUUACUGUAAACUGCAGAUACUGAAGUUGAAGACAUGUAACAUCACAGAUGAAGGUUGUGUUGCUCUGUCUUCAGCUCUGAAAUCAAACCCAUCACACCUUAGAGAUCUGAAUCUGACUGAAAAUAAUCUUGGAGAUUCAGGAAUGGAGCAUCUCUCUGCUGUACUUGAGAAUCCUCAAUGUAAACUGGAGAACCUCUGGUUGAAGAAUUGUAAUAUCACAGAUGAAGGUUGGGUUGCACUGUCUUCAGCUCUGACAUCAAACCCAUCACAUCUGAGAGAUCUGAAUUUGUCUGAUAAUGAUCUAGGAGUUUUAGGAGCGAAGCUGAUCUCUGCUGUACUGGAGAAUCCUCAGUGUAAACUGGUGAUGCUAAAGUUGAUUAAUUGCAAUAUUACACCUGAAGCUUGUGCUGCUCUGUCUUCAGCUCUGAGAUCAAACCCAUCACACCUGAGACAUCUGAGUCUGAUUGAGAAUAAUCUUGGAGAUUUAGGAAUGGAGCAUCUCUCUGCUGUACUGGAGCAUUCACUGUGUAAACUGGAGAAACUCUGGUUGAGGAGGUGUAAUAUCACAGAUGAAGGUUGUGUUGCUCUGACUUCAGCUCUGACAUCAAACCCAUCACACCUGCGAGAACUGGAUAUGGCUUAUAAUUCUCUUGGAGAUUCAGGAGCGAAGCUGUUCUCUGCUGUACUGGAGAAUCCUCAGUGUAAACUGGAGAUACUAAAAUUGUAUGAUUGUAAUAUCACAGAUGAAGGUUGUGUUGCUCUGACUUCAGCUCUGACAUCAGCUCUGACAUCAAACAAAUCACACCUGAAACGUCUGGAUUUUGAUGGGAAUAAUCUGGGAGAUUUAGGAGUGAAGCUGCUUUCUGAUAUGGCGAAUGAUUCAAAUUACAAACUGAAACUACGCUUUUCUGAACAGAAGCAGUGAAAGAGGAAGAAAGACAUCAGUCAACACAAUCAAGAGAGACUUGAAGACAUCCUGACCUCACAAUAUUUGUGUGUGUGAAAUAACAAUGAAAGUGACAUUUAAUUCUCCUACAGUCCUUCACCUGUUUGUCAUCUGUUGUUUAGGACAGUGGUUUAGGACAAAGGUACAAAAUGUGAUAAUUUAUGCCUUGUGCCAAUGUAAUCCCUGUAUAUUUCUGUAAAACAAAAUUUGUGUAAAUUUAGAUUUUAAUUUAAAGUUUUGGUAACAUUAGCAAAGGAGAAUGGAUGGGUCAGUUUCCAAAAUCAUUUAAAAACUGUUAUACUUUAAAAUCACUUUUCAUGUUUGCAGUGAGCAGCCCUUUCUACACCCAAUUACUCCUAAGGGAAAACGUGAACUCUGAGCUGAAUUUGAUGAUUUUAAUAUCUGGAUGUCUUUGGACAAACAGUAAUAAUAAGAGUUACCUGCUCAGACUGAUACAUAUUUUGGGGUCCCUUGCUAAAGGUGGGUUGCCUAUGUGGUGGUCCUGACUCCCUGCCAUCAUAAAUUAAAAAAAAAAAUCUAUUUGAUCCUUGUCUCAUUUGAAAUGGCUUUUCAUAAGCUACUGGUUAAAUGUUGUUGUUUCCAAAGGUGAUGUCACACAGAAAAGUGAAAGUAAUCCGUAGCAUAGCGUAAUCCGCAGCAUUUUACCCUAUUAAUUCUGAAUUUUAAAUUCAUGCUGGUGGUUGCACCUGAUGGUGAAAACGUUGUAAAGCAAGGACACUUUACCCCAAACAUAACACAUUUUACAAAGCUAUUGCAAAGAAUUUCCUAGAAAUUUAGUUUUUCAAUAAAUUACAAAUCAUUAAGGAUUGUGAUUAUUCACCAAGGAAAUUCAACAUCUGACAUCUAGAACAUUACAGGUAUAGUCAAUCUUUAUCUCAGUCUUAGUUUUUGUGUUGCUGACAUAAGAGCUCACAAAAAUGAAUAUGAUUUUUUUAAGAAAAUAAACCUAAACAAAGUAAAAAAAAAC